AUGGAGUCGGGAAAGGAGCUGACGGGUACGUUGGCGUUGGCCGUCUUGACGGCGGCGUUGGGCUCCCUGCAAUACGGUUACAGCAUGGGAGUCAUCAACGCGCCGCAACGGGUGAUCGAGAGACACUACGGGCGCUCGCUGGGCGUGCGGCCCCUUGAAGCCGCCGUGAUGUCGGCAAACGGCAGCCUCCCGGGAGACGCCGAGCAGGAGCAGGACCACCCGUCCGUGUUCAUGUACUGGUCUCUGUCUGUGGCCAUCUUCUCCGUCGGCGGGGUGCUCUCCUCCUUCCUGGUGGGAUUCGUGGGAGACCUGAGAGGCAGGGUGAAGGGCAUGCUGAUGGUCAACGUGCUGGCCGUGGCUGGCGGCCUCCUGAUGGGACUGUGCAAGAUGUGGAAGCCUCACAUCAUGGUGAUCGCGGGCCGCGCCAUCAUGGGCUUUUACUGCGGCUUGACGUCUGGCCUGGUGCCCAUGUACAUUGGCGAGAUCGCACCCAAAGCUUACCGAGGGGCCCUGGGGACUAUCCACCAGCUGGCGAUCGUCAUCGGCAUCCUCAUCAGCCAGGUCAUCGGCUUGGACUUCAUCCUGGGUAACGAUGACAUGUGGCCCCUGCUCCUGGGGCUCUCGGGGGCCCCCGCCGUGUUGCAGUCCCUCCUGCUGCCGCUGUGCCCCGAGAGCCCGCGCUACCUCUACAUCCUGCUGGGCAAGGAACUCGAGGCUCAGGAAAGUCUGCAUCGCCUGAAGGGGGCGUACGACGCGUCGGCCGAUCUGGAAGAAAUGCGGAGGGAGAAGGAGGAGGCGGACAAGGUGGCUCGGGUCUCCAUCUCGUCUUUGAUGUGCUCGUCGCUGUACAGGCGCCAGCUGUUUGUCGCUCUCAUGAUGCACUUGUCUCAGCAGCUGUCGGGCAUCAACGCGAUUUUUUACUACUCCACGGCAAUCUUCUCCGGGGCCGGCAUCAGUCAGCCCGUCUAUGCCACCAUCGGCGUCGGCGCCAUCAACACCAUCGUCACUCUGGUGUCUGUGGUGCUCGUGGACCGGGCCGGCAGGCGCACGCUGAUGCUAGCCGGCCUGGGCGGCAUGUGCUUCUGCGCCGUUGCCAUGACGAUCGGCCUCAAAUUCCAGAUGGCGUACGCCUGGAUGAGCUACGUUAGCAUGUCGGCCAUCUUCCUUUUCGUGGCCUUCUUUGAGAUCGGGCCCGGUCCGAUUCCGUGGUUCAUCGUGGCCGAGUUGUUCAGCCAGGGCCCCCGCCCGGCGGCCAUCGCGCUUGCCGGCUGCUGCAACUGGACCAGCAACUUCAUCGUCGGCAUGGCCUUUCCCUACAUACAGAACUGGCUGGGUGCGUACGUCUUCCUCCUGUUUGCCGCUCUGCUUUUGGGCUUCACCGCCUUCACGUACCUGCGAGUGCCGGAGACCAAGGGCAAGAACUUCGAGGAGAUCGCCGCCCUGUUCCGGAAGGGCGGGGAAAAGGUGCCGCCCGACGCCAAGAGCGACGACGUCGAAUUGCAGCAGCUCAAAACACCGACGUGCGCUUGAGCGGCCGGCCGCAAGUUAGUCAUUGGUGAUUCGCGCAUCGGUGCUGCAUCAUAUUCCAUAAACUAAAGAAUACCAUUUCUGUAUUCUUUGGGAAUAUUGAAGAGCUUACUCUGUAAUGUAAUGACAUGAAUUAUGCUGACUGUGAGACUGAAAAAAAAAAGCUUAACUUAAAUAAUAGAAGUACAAAAUGUACUAAAUUUUGUGACUGGAAUGGUUUGUAACGGUUGAGAAAUGUGGAAUGAAGAGAUAAAUAUCAUCACUCUUGGGCAGAAUUCUCCAUUCUGUUUGACCUGGCAGCCGAACAGGUCAGGUUAAAAAAAGAAAACAAAAUUCAUAAAUUAUAUGUUUCUUCUUGAAACGUUAGUUUUUUUAUUUGUUCUCUCAGAGUUAUGACUUUAGCCUCAUAAAAUGUUGUCUUGUCUGUUUUGAUUUUACUCUUGUAAUAGUUUGACUUUAUUCUUGUAUUACUACCUUUCCCCUUGUAUUAUACCCCCGAACCCAAUUUUAUGACUUUGUCCAUUUAAGAUUUGGACAUUCUCAUACUACUAAUACUCUUGAGUAAAUGUAUCAUAAGCUAUUACGCUUGGAGUUGUGUUGUUGUCUAUGGGAUGUUUACAUUCUAUUUGCUUCAGUAUUGUAAUUUCUUUUGUCAUUGCGAGUGUUGUAUUAUGUCAUGAUGAACUGUUUUGUCCCAAAGCAUUGUGUUCAAUUCACUUCUGUUAAUCAUGACGCGACUACCUCAUUGUGAUAUUAUUUUUGGGCGCAAUUACAUCUUUCUCGAUUUC